CAUUAACUUUUUUUGCGAUACUAAUUAAAAAUCAAUUAGAAAUUAACUUCAUUAAAUAAAACAUGCAAGCCUAGUGUAUAUAGAGUAAGAAUAGACAAAUUUAGGUCUCUUGGAUCUUAGCAGUCCAGUAUAAAAUAUGUAAUUUGCAUCAAAAUCGCUACUAUUACUUAUUUUACAAAUUUUAAAAACGUCAAGAUUCCAAUAUAGCGUGUAAUUCUUUUUUUAAAGAUUUGCAUUUCGCAGACGGCCAUGAAAAAAUAUAAAGUGUUAACUUUUCAGCUGGGAAGCUUUUUAAACGGUACAAUACUGCUUCUAUCUAUCAGCUUAAAGAGCUCUCUAGCGUGCCAUGGGGACAACAGUAAGUCCCACUGGAAAGGCCCAAGUGACCCCAAAAGGGUACGGGACAUGAUGAUAUCAAGUGACGAAACCCCGGAAACACAAAAUGUAUCGAGAAUAAAAAACGACUUCGACAGAAACGUAAAGGUUUCUUGGGGAGGGUGGACGCCAGCGCCGGAAGUGUUAACGGAAUGGAAAAAGUGGGUUACGAACUAUGAGUUACUAAACAAUGACACUGACUUCAUGAAAGACGGAGAAAAAGAAAAAUUAGAUAGGGAGCGUAAAGGAACGGGCUGGCCCUCAGACUGGCUAGAUUUGGGCGUGGGGUCAGGCGGUGCGGCUCCUCCACCCUGGAGUUACUCGCCUAAGUAUAUAGGUAAAUCAGAAACCUGCACUCAACCACCGAGACGGGGAGCCUGUAAUGAGAAUUUAAAAAGGUGGGGCUAUAACGGUUUCAUCGAUAAAUGUGUGGAAUUUAUAUACAGUGGCUGCAACGGUAACUAUAACAAUUUCUUAACACAAUUGGAUUGUGAGAAGGUAUGUUUGGUUCCACCAAAAUCUGGAUGUGAAAGCGAAGCACACAUUUCUCGCGAUGACUUAGGUCGAUGAAGUGGCCUUUUAAAUAAAGACUUUUUAUAUACACUUUAUGAU